UGGAGCAACUUCAGGAACCUCCAACAAUCACAGUGCUCUGCAACAUAUGCAAGAACCUGUUUCAGCCCUUCAGUGCUUGGCCCGCUGCAGUCAGUGAUGCAGGAUCUGCACUCGGACGACGACGACAAUUCAGAGGACGACAACGACGACGUGGAUUCAGACAGGGAUCGAGCAGCACACCUCACACACCACCAGCACAGGAUUAGUUUAAGUGAUGGCAGCAGAAGUGACAGCUCCUCCCAUUCCCCGCUGUCGUGCAGUGAGGCCCCGCCCUUAUUAAAGUCUACUAAUAACCAGAUAGUGGAAGUAAAAAGUCCCACCAAGCAGAGCAAGCAAGACAAAAGCAUGGAGUGUGAUAAGGUUUACCUGGAUGAGCUGGUGGAGCUGCAUAAAAGACUAAUGACACUAAGAGAAGGUCACAUACUGCAACAGAUUGUAAACCUGAUUGAAGAGACCGGACACUUCCACAUUACAAACACUACGUUUGACUUUGACCUUUGCUCUUUGGACAGAAGUACAGUAAGGAAGCUGCAGAGCUAUCUUGGGACGUCCUGA